AUGUCGAUCCAACCGCUGAUAACCUUCAAGGCAGGCCAGUGCCAGCUCACUCUGCAGCGCCAGAACGACACUAUACAGAAGGUCAAGCCGCUCCGGACACCUGGCUACGUCUACCUCUACCAGGGCGAAGAUGAGUUUGUGCACUUCUGCUGGCGCCCACGCGACAGCUCGCUCGACGAGUCCGAGCUCGACCUCAUCAUGAUCCCGGGCGACGGCGCCUUCGUCCCAUACACCGGCACCGAAUCCGUCGAAAACUCCGAGAACGUCAAGUCUCCCACCGACGGCCGCAUCUUCGUCCUCAAGUUCAACUCGAGCUCACAGCGCUACCUCUUCUGGUUACAGUCCAAGACACAGCACCCCCGCGGCGAUGCCAGCUGGUUCAGCGAGCGGGACCUCAAGAUCGGACAGAUUGUCGACCUUCUCCUCAACGGCGAGGAGAUCGAUGUCCAAGCAGAGCUCGCAAACGUCCAGAACUCUGCUCCCGGUGGCGAUGAUGACGAGACCAUGGAAGAUGUAGAAGGUGCAGACCAUUCAGCAAGCCGAAACCGCCACGGUAGCACCGGGGGCGCAGGAGCUGGUGCUACUGGCGGCGACAUUAGAGAAGAAGGAUCCGGAUCCCGUGAAGGAGGUGCUGAUGGCGGCCGAGCGUAGGUUCCGUUCAUUUGUAUUGUAAAACGGCGUCGUGGCACGGUCGACAUUACGGCAAUAGUUCGAACAGCUGUUCAAGGCAUUGACGAGAGCACCGAACAGUUUCAGAUUAUAUCCUGUCAUGGUGAGGCGUUCGGGAAAGACUUCACGAGCCUCACGGCUCUCUGUACCAAUAAACAAAAUAUGCAUGC